AGUAGCAAUUACAAAAAGUUGCCGACGGUAACAAAAAAAAAUGGCAAUAGAGAGAGAUAUAAGAGGAGAGAGAUAGUAGAGGAGAGAGAAUUAUGAUUUUGAAUUCAAUUUUACUUGCAUUUAUUGAUCAGCCUUAAAUUCUAAAAUAUUACAUUAUUUUUCUAUGAUUAUUCUUUGUCGCAUCUUAAGCAGCGAUUGUGGAGACUUUGACCACCAAAAUUAUGUCAUGGGAGAACGAGAGGGGGACCGAAUUCAUAUAUGAUGGUGUCAGCCUUUUGUCCAUGCUGGAAGAGCACACCAUCCUGAGGCAAGAGAAAGAACAUGAAAGAAAGAGACUGAGGGACCAGAGAAGGCUUCAAGGGCAGCUUGUAGCCGAGAAGGAAGUAAUGUUUGGAUCAAAACCAACUCUUUCGAAGUCCCAGUCGGCCAAGAAAUUUGCUGGAACUUUACCUUUAGGACCAACCAGAAGGCUAUCGGUCGGGGGAGCCACAUUGCAGCCUACAAGAUUAGAUUCACUUCCUUCAUUCAAGUCUCCUUCGUCUGCAAAGACGCCUGAUUCUCUUUCUGGAGGCACGGGAGACCCAGAAUUUCAAUCUGUUGAUCCUGACGCUUCUGACGUAGAGACUCCUCGUAGGCCCUUCACGCCCUUAAGCCGUCCCCACAGCAUACAGUUACCAUCCCCAUAUAAACGUAUAAGCAACACCGAAGAGGAAAACAUGAUACCUAUGGGCUCUUCAGCAGUCUCAGCUCUGAAUUCACCCAGAACGGUGUCUACGCCAAAGCAGAUGACAGCAAAGCUUGACCCACCUGACUUUGCCCAAGAGUCUACAGCACUGAAAAUGGAGCCACCGGAGAUGGAGAUAUCCUUUGAAGAACGUAGGCUUGCAUUGCUUUUGAAAGAUUAAUCAUUCUG